AGUUGCAAGUUGAAAAGCCAAGCAUCAACUUGUACUCAAUUAUUUUGUAGUUCCGCAGUUGUUUUUACAAAAUCUUAUUUGAAGGUCCCUUUUUUAUUGCAUUUAAACAACGAUGGUUCGUUUUUAAAUUUGUGAAAUGUUUUAGAAGCAUUAUUCGAGGUAUUUGUUUAGUGCAUUAGUGCAGUUUUCUGUUGAUUGUAACCGAAGUUUAUCUUAUUUGAAUUAUUAUCAUUGGAUUAUUAUGUUGGAAUCGUUAGUUGACGCUAGUGGUGCAAUGUACAGGAGGGGGGCAGUGCCGCCUUCGCUGGAUGAGGGGCGGCGACUAGAGGACUAGCGAAGUGAGCUGCCUCUGCUGCCCUCGACUAUUGCCGCCUCCGCUCUCUCCCGCCCCCAGCAACCAUGACGGUCACCUACACUGCUGAGGUGGCCACUUGCCGUGGCUUUGGCUGCUUCCUUAAGCUGCUUGUCAGAUGGAAAGGAAGUAUCUACAAACUAGUGUGGCCAGAUCUCUUUGCAUUCCUCGUGACUUACUACCUCCUCAACUUCACCUAUAGAUUUUGUUUGGAUGAGGAUCAAAAGAAGAUAUUUGAGAGUGUGUCGGAGUAUUGUGAAACGUACAGUAACCUCAUCCCAUUGUCCUUCGUGCUGGGUUUCUACAUUUCAAUAAUCAUGACAAGAUGGUGGGAUCAGUAUACGACAAUACCUUGGCCCGACCCUGUCGCCGUUUUUGUCAGCUCUCACAUCCACGGACAGGAUGAACGAGGGCGCCUUAUGAGACGAACAAUAAUGCGGUACGUUUGUCUGUGUUUAACAAUGGUGUUUUCCAUGAUCAGUCCCAGAGUGAAGAAGAGGUUCCCUACGUUAGACCAUUUCGUUGACGCAGGUCUACUUCUUGAAAACGAGAAAGUGAUAGUUGUAGAUUUGAACGAGAAAUUUCCGAGACACUCGAAGCACUGGCUGCCCAUUGUGUGGGCGGCGAGCAUUGUGACCAGAGCCAGGAAGGAGGGGAGGAUACGAGAUGACUUUGCGGUCAAGACCAUCAUCGACGAAUUGAACAAAUUUCGAGGGCAGUGUGGACUGCUUCUCAACUAUGACUCUAUCAGUGUGCCCUUAGUCUACACACAGGUGGUCACCCUUGCGACUUAUUCGUUUUUCAUCACUAGUGUAAUGGGCAGACAGUGGCUGGAUAUCACAGACCCUACUAGCAACUUGAGGAAUCAUCGGAAUCCAAUCGACUUGUACUUUCCAGUGUUCACAACUCUUCAGUUUUUCUUCUACAUGGGAUGGUUGAAGGUGGCAGAAAGUUUGAUCAACCCUUUUGGUGAAGAUGAUGAUGACUUCGAAGUUAAUUGGAUUGUCGACAGAAAUGUUCAGGUGUCGUACCUGAUAGUGGACGAAAUGCACCACGAGCACCCAGAGCUGAUCCGCGACCAGUACUGGGACGAGGUGUUGCCAACUGAGCUGCCGUACACGGUUGCGGCCGAGCCGUUCCGCGAGAAACACCCGCAGCCGUCCACGGCCAACAUUGCCGUCAGCAACGCUGAGGCCGAAUACGUGGCGCCAUCCUCGCUCAAGAUAGACGACAUCAACAUGAUGGCCGCCUGCGAUGACAACCAGAGUGGCAUCCACUUCUCGGCGGGGCCAAAGCGGAGCACAAGUCGCGUGAGCAUGUACAGUCGCAGCCGCGAGCGGACCAUGUCGGCUGGCUCGUCCAACAGCAUCAACACCAACAUAGGCAGCAUCCCUAACAGCCUGCAUCGCGUCGGCUCGGUCACCUCGGUGCUCAAGCGGCUCUUCUCAAGGGACGGCAGCGCUGGGCCUGGGGUCGCCGUUGACGGAGGACAACCAGUAACGUCGGGGGGCAAACUGCCGGUGAGUCACAGCACGGACAGCCUGCAGGGUCGGUUCCAGGGGUUGCAGGGCGGGGGGAGCAUCCGCAUCACAGACCAGGUCAUCGAGGAGGUGGACGAGCAGCAGACGAUCACCUCCAUGCGGGGGCAACCCGAGCAGAGACCCAAUGUGCGCUCCAUCUUUCCACAAACCGACAACAAUCUGUUUCCUGUUAGUAACAACCAGAUCGGGAUGACCCAGUUGACCCCGGGUCACCCCCCGUCGUCCGCACCCGUCCCGGUGCCGCCGGGCAGGCCGUCCGUCACGCACCUCUCCAGCUCCGCCCCUCCUCCCCUCACCGCCCCAGUCUCGCCCGCCCCCUCCACAGUCACCUACACCGAGGUGCUGUCAGUCAAAUCUGCACCAGGAUUCGACAACAGCUCGGGCCUCGGGUCGGGCAGUAUCGGGCCCAAUGCUGAUGCAGUCAGUAUUGGAUCGAGUACGGACACCUCUGAGGACGAGUUUUCCAAGUUGAGACAGUCGCGCCGCCGUGAGCGCAUGGAUAUCAGGUAUGCUCGCUCCAUCAGCGCUCAACAAGCCGAAGCUGGAUCGUCUCCUCCUGAGAGUGAGUCUCUGCUCGACCUAACAGCUGACUCCAGAACUGGACUCAUACCGAAAAGCAAAGUCAACGAUAGCCUUUGCUCGUGAUAGUUGUAUCUAAUUUUAUUCGAAGUUUUAAAAAUCCUGUGUCUGAAGGAUGCUUGUGAAUAAGUGUUGUAUUAGCUCUAAUUUAAGUCGAAUGCCCAUAUUAAGGUGGGUUUUAGUUUGUGUGUAUCCGCGUUCGGCUGCGUAUGCGAUUAGUCAAAAUAGCAGCUUUCAAAACAAUCGAAACUAUUUUUGUAUCAUAUUCACUCAGUUGAUAUCGUACCUCGUUCCAUUUAAUAUUACAGUCACUUUAAUACUGAAUACUAUAUCAACUGGAUGAAUAUUAUACAAAUUCCAUUCAUUGAUUUAGACUGUUGUUAUUUUGAUUAAUCGCAUACGCAGCCGAACGCGAAUAUGCGCAAACGAAAACUCACCUUUUGAUGAUCAGAUCAAAUAAUGUAACCUAUAAACUCAAGUGUUUAUAAUGAUUAAAAUUGAGUAUUAUGGCGAGGCAGCAACGAGGAUCUCUCUGCCAAUAAAAACCACAAAUAUGAAUUAAAAAAGAUCAAAUAAUAUUAUUUUAUAAAUUAUUUUCCACUAAGGUCUUUCAACAACUUCAAGUGAUUGAAGCUUGAAGCUUCAUUAAUAAAACCCUUAUAAGACUAUCAAAUAUUAUUAAUUUGGCCUAUUACUCUAUAAAAUAUAUUUUAUCAAAGAUGUCUUAUAAAAUGGAUUUAAGGGUACGAACAGAACGCGCAGGUUGAUGAUCAACUUCAAGCUUUAUCCAUAAUCCAAAAAAGUUUUGUCUCUUUUUCAAGUGGUGACUCCCGCCAACUGAUCUGAAUCACCAUAUUGUAUAUUAAUUAUUGUAAAAAGUAUAAGUUUAUCCAGUAUUUACCCUUCCAUUUUUAGAUUUUAAGAAAGUGCUAUUAGUUUAAUGUUAGCGUUAGAUUCUAUUCCUAAGUAGACUUUUAUCAAUUGAAGGUGGCUAUUAUAUUAAUAUAUUAGGCCUAUUACAAAAUAAUACUAUACAACCUACAAUUUCAAUGGCUAGUUUAUAUUUAUUUAUUUUUCUUGGAUAAGCCACAUAUGCAUUUCUGUCUUUUCUCUUACAGUUCAUCAGUGAAACAAGAAUAUAAGUUAUCAUUUUUACAGCAUGUAAAUUCAAUUCUGAUGUUGGUAGAUAUGUUUAGCGAGGUUUGUUUUAUUUACAAUGGAUUUUAGGUGUGAAUAGGUAAUAUUUCAAUUCAAUUUCAAAUUCAAUAGAUUGAAGAUGGUGGCUUCUUCAUCCAUUUCGAGCUGCGAUGUAUUAACAUUCUUUUUUGAUGUAUUUCACGCAACGUGCAGUAAAUUAUUUUGAGUGAAUAAGCAAAUUUGUUUACUUACUUACUGGAGUACUUUUGAACGGCAAGCUUUCAUUUUCAACAGUUGAAACUGUCAAUUGACUUUCAAUAAUUAACUGCACGUCCUGUAAAAUACAUCAAAAAAGAUUGUUAAUAAGUUGAAAUCUUUAUUCAGAGAUAUUGUCAAAAUUUUCCAAGAUGAAGUAUCAAUAAUAGUGUUAUGUUUUCUACUUGAGCUCAACUGAAGAUGAUGACAUGAGCUCAAAAAACCAUGGCUUUAUAUACAACAAAUUAUCUUGUUCUUACUUCAUCAAUACAUUACCUAUUACCUAUCAAUGUUUCCACCCUAAAAUUAUUUUCUUGUGAUGAAAAAUAUGAUUUCCUAGCAGUGUUACAAACUAAUGUGUUGUCCUACUUUAGUUACUAAAUGUGAAUUAGUUUUACUUAUUGUUAUUAUUUAUAAUUCCUUAAUAAAUGCCUAAUGUUUAAGGAUCAUUUUUAUUUCAAUAAUCACAUAAGUUAUUGAAAAUCUUCCUGUUUUAAUUGAUAUUGUCAAAUGCCUGGUGCCUAGAGUAAAAUAAUAACUGUAAAAUGGCAUGAAUAACUUGAAAAUAAUAUAUUUGAUAUGUUAAUAACCGUAUGCUUUUUAAAUCUGAUAUUGAAGCCAUAGUUAGUAGCAUAUUAUCUCUCAUAAAACUUCUCAAUAAAACACUAUUUGACGAAAUUGUGAUAUUAUUCUUAUUUAGAAAUGAUAUUCUCAAAGAAUAAAUUGUGCAUCUACUUAUGAUUUAAGUGAUAAUAAUUUUAAGUAUUUCAGAAAUUUUAUUUAUUCAUAUACCGAAAUAUAGUUUGUCUUUGUAAUAUUGAUUAUUGACGAUGUCUUGAGAGUGAAUAACAACGUUUUUGUAUAUGCUUCAUUUGGCUAUUCAUUAUUCCAAUGUGUACAGCAUUUUAAAAUAGACUUUUGAUGAAUCACUAGCUGAAUGGUAUCUACCAAAUACCUGAGAGUUACUAGGUAACAAACAAUCAUUGAUGUGUUUCAUAUUUAUGAUUUGUAAUUCAAUACUUUUAUUAUUUAAGCGUUAUUAUUCUGCACUUCACGAUAAUUGCUAGUAAUUUGUCUUAAUCUGUAUCCUAUUAUGAUUUAUGAAAAAAUUUCAUCAUGCAUUUGACACAUGAUUUAUUUGAAUAGAAAACUGGAAUUUUUUAUAAAACUUAAUCUGUAUUCGUAUUCUUAGCAUUAGUAACUGUGAUUUCUGUUGAUACUGAAUACUUUUCAAGUGAAUCAUUCAUUACAAACUUUGUCAAAAAAUAAAAAGUUUCUCAACAAAGUAAUAAUUGAUUGUAUAAUAUUUUCAAUCUCGAUGUUUUUUUCCAAUUUUAAAAGAACAAUGUUAUCAUUACUCUUUACAAAAAAUGGAUUCUAAGCUCUCAUUGAAUUUGUAAUAUUUUGCUACUGUGGCUGCUUGGAAUGAAAUUCUAUUCUUGAUAAAA